AUGGGAGUGAGCAAGGACAGUUUAUCUAGUUUGCCGGACGAGUUGUUGUUCGUGAUUAUAUCCCUGUUGCCGUUCAAACAAGCCGUGAGAACCGCCUUUCUUUCCAAAAGGUGGCGGUUCAUCCCGCUGAUGGGCUUAACAAAUUUGGAGUUCAAGGAAUCCAAUUUUGUGAACCCAAGCAAUCAGAGUUUCAUCGUUUUGCAUACUCAAAGGGAGGCUUUUUUAGAUUUCGUUCUGAAUUGGAUCAGGCGAAUUGAUCGUCCUCAUUAUUUGAGUUGCCACAACAUCAACUCGGGUCUCACCAAAUUCACCUUCACAUUUGCUCGUCCCUGGGACCAUCUGGUGAAGAUCCAACGUUCAUCUCUCAUCUUUCACACCGCUGGCAAAUUCAAUUUCGUCGAAAUCAGCUUCUCAGAUCCUAAUUGGGACGAGGAUGACUUCGAGAACUACUAUCCACCUACCCCUGUUCAAUUCCCCUGUAUCCGUGGUGGUAAGGCAUUCAGAAAUGUCCAGUCACUCAGGCUCUCGUCCUGCACGAUUCCAAAUAUCUCCCCGCAUUGCGCCGAAUUCCCUGAACUGAAAUCCGUCUCCUUAGAGUGGAUCAUCGUGGAAAUGGGAUUGUUGAGCAAAUUGACGAGCAAAUCCCCUGUCCUGCAGAAUAUAACCAUGAGGAGGUGCACCAUUUAUGACCAAAUCGAAAUCGCAAGUCAGAGCGUGAAGAGUCUAACCAUGCAGAAAUGUUGUUCCAUUGACCCCAGAACUUCACCGGUUUUGAUCAUUAACACUCCGGAAUUGAAAUUCUUGAAUUAUUCCGGAGUUCUGGUCAGUUUUUGUUUCAAAAGUAUAAGCCUGGAGUUGGAAGUAAGUUUGGAUUUCGGGCUUCAGAAACAGUUCGACGUAGCAGAAAGAUAUGCCGACACGCUGUGGGGAUCGCUCAAUGAAUUCACCCUUGUUAAGACUUUAACCGUUUGUAGUUACGUCCUUCAGGUACUUCCUCACGCAGAGGAGGCAGGGGAAUACAUGUAUUCGGGGGCAAUACAACAAUACAUGCGUGAUCUUGUGAGACUCGAACACCUGACCUUAAAAGCAUCUCUCGUUGAAGAAGAGUUCUAUGGAAUUACUUUCUUUUUGAAAAGCUGCCCUAAUCUUCAAGUUCUUACCAUCCAUCUGAAUCUCAAUACUCCAACUAUUGUUUUUCCUGAUUAUGAAGACGAACCUCCAUUUGAUUACGACGAACACCCGUUUCUGGUAGACAACCCCAACUUGCCAGUGUAUUCUUGCUUAGAGUUGAGGCUGAAACAAGUGGUGGUUGAAGGUUUCAAAGGCAGAGAGGGUGAACUUCAUGUACUGAAGUACCUUCUCAAAUAUAGUCGGGUUCUGGAAUCCGUACACAUCAACAUUCCGGGCGAGACAGGUGCAAAUGGAAGGAUUGGGGAAGAGGAUGAUUACAUUGAAAAGGCGAAGAGCUUGUUCAAAUUUGAAAAGGCCAGCCCUGAUGUUCAAAUUCUGAUAUCUUCUACUCCGGCUGCCUGA